CAGGAAAUUAUAGUUUAAGGUGCUCACAGUUAUGUUAGAGAUUCUUAUCUCCCUCCACUACAUUUCCAGUGUUUCCUGCUGAGAUGGAAAUAUGAUUAAGCCCCUUCGGAUUUGUAGUGUUCAUAGGUGGCUCAGUGAAUCACAUGGUACAAAGUGUGUUGAAAGACCUCAGUUUUGAAAGCAGCUCACCAUGUCACACAAGAGGCUGCUAUUGGAGAAACACAAAUCCCAGUCGCUGUAGGUAAAAAUUCAGCCGGGCUAAUCUUUUUGUUAUGUUUCUGUUCUUGCAAGAAUUCACUGCAUUGCAUUGGAAUGUAUUUGUCCAAGCAUGAACGUUUUUCUUGCCUAAUCGUUUAUCUUUUGUAAGCCUUACACACAGCAUUAUCAGAAAGGUCUUUAUUUAUAACCCUUUUUUUGCAGCCUGAAAUCUGGAUUGAGAAGCAAGUUAAGACUGAAAAACAAGCACUGCAUUGAUGACUUAGGGAGACCUUGAAGGACACACUGUUUUGCUAAGCUACAUUUUUGCAAGCUAUUCAAGGCACAAUGAAGUACCCAUUAUGUUUUUGAAACAUUAACGGUUUUGUCUUUUGCUAUCAGCCAUGUUUUUUGGUUGAUGUUCAUGAAUUUUAUUGUUGUGAUAACAGAAAAAUGCAAGACCAGAAUUUAGUGGAAAUACAUAGUGGUGCGGAAGUUUCAAGCCAGUCAAUUUUGAAACCUCUGUCAGCAGAGACGGGUGCCACCUCUCUCAGUGAAAACAGCAGUGGAACUGAUGUACAUUGUCUAAACCAAAAUGGAAAUUUUGAUGAAAGCUCAGAACUGGAAAUGAUUCAGAAAAGCCUUCCUGUCGAGUGUGGUGACAAAAGGGUUUAUGAAGCAUCGCUGGAGAGUCCUGACACCAGCUUGGUGGAAUCCAGCAGUACUUGGGGUGACUUUGAAGGUUUCAGUGAGGUCAAGCAGGAAAAUUUAAGCAACACCUUGGAGUCUUUAGAGAAGCCAAAUGGAAAACAAACUUACACAAAUGAUGCGGAUGUCAGUGACAGCUGCCUCACUACCUCAUGCAGACAGGUCUUUUCCAAAACAACUGGACACAACAGAAAAGAAACAUUUGCUAACACUUCAGUGAAGGUAUGUUUUAAUAAGUUAAGAAUGAUCCACCUCCUUUUCAGAGUCCUGUUCUGUCCUGUCUAAGAAUGCUAUACAUUUUGUUAGUUUCCAUGGUGUCACCUUUAAAUAUUUGGCAACACGGAACUAAAACACAUUGCUUCAUUAAAUGCAGUAAGGAACUGAUGGCAACAUCAGUUCACUUUCUUUUUUAAUUUUGCUAUAUGGUAAACAUAGCACAACUGAAUAUGAUAAAGGUAGAAAUAUAUUUUAAACAGAUGCAUUCUUCAAAUGGCUCCCUUUUCCUGUUUUGUUGCUACCAUCUCCCAGUACAAGCAUUAUGUUUCUGUGCAACAAUCAGUUUUGGUCUAUUGAAUUUUGCAUUCUUCGUCUAACUGUGAAUGAAACUUGUGAAAUUGACUCUUGUUUAGUAUUUUGUUGCAACUCAAAAUGUUAAGAACUUUUAAAUAUUAAAUAGAUCUUCAUAUAAUGGAAACCAUUUUGAUAUUCAACAAAACUACCAUUCCCUCCAUUUUUUAUGCUGAGGCUGUUACGUAGCUAAAAGAACAUCAUCACAAUACAAGUGCAAUAUACCAGCAGGCUUGGGAAAGCCCAAAGGUUUGCAGAAGUGCCAAUAAACGAAAAUGUAUGGGCAGGAAAGUCCUAAGUCAGGGGAAAACCCCCAAAAUGGCCCAGUGAAAACUGAGCUUGCUCAGUGGCCAUGAAAAGCUAACAGACUGGAGGUGGAAUGGAGAAUUCUAGAAUAAGACAUAGCUGGCAUCCUGAACAGCAGCACUCUGUUUGUUGCAGCUCCCGUUUAUGAUUACCUAAUCCUUAGUCACACAGGUACCCUUUUAAGAAGAAUAAGGCACUGUGUGAAUUCCAAUGAGCUUACUUACAUGAGUAAGAGUCAUGCAAGUGAGUAAGGAGCACAUACCUUCAGCUGUCACAAAUUUUUCCCUUGUGACAUUACAACUGCUGUUAUAAGUAGACUUCUGUUGAAUAGUCCUCGGUUUUAAUAUUUACUGUUCAUUUGGCAACCUCCCCCGCCAAUUCUCUCCUUGCCUAUGAUUGCUGUUCGGUUUUGUUUCCUUGGUGGCAGCUGCUUCUGCUUCCUGGAGCACUUUUGCUUCUCCAUUACCCAUGUAGCCCUCUAACUUACUUGCCCACUGGCUGUUUAAUCUUAUUGAUUGUGGUGGCCUCUGGGAUUUUUGUUUGGGCAACCAUUAUAUCAUCCCAUUGGAUGUAGAGUCAUCAGUGAAUUAAAUGGGAGUGUGUUAACACCCAUUAUCAAUACAUUUCAAAUGAGAUAUUUAUAGCUUUCCCUCCUCUAAUUGUCAUUCCAACACAUUUUUCCUCCUUUGUAUUGUCUAUUAUUAAAGAAUAAAAAUAAUAAAAUGGCAGUGAUUAAUUGAGUACAUAGACAUGUUGAUUAAAAAAAAUCACCAUAGAUGUCUGUACAAAAGAUGGGGGACCUCCAAGAUGGUGCAAUGAGUUGAGGAUGUUGUGCAUAGAGGUGAUCAUUAGAUAAGACUGAAACUUCUUAAGUUUUUCUACAGCAUUGUAAGAAUGACUGUAAGACCCGAAUAGUUACACAGAGGUGGGAGCCUCCAGUCUUGCAUGGGUUUGUUCAGGACAUUAGAGUUGGGGUAGCCAGUGUGGUGCUUCCAACACUAGUAAACUUAUGAAAUGGAAACUUUUCCACAAAAAAGUUAAGCACUAAAACAAAAACAAUUUUUUUUGGAAACCCCUCCCAUAUCACUGGAUCCUAACAACAUUUGGAAGGCACUACAUUGGCUACCCUCUAAUAGAAUAUCACAGUAUUUUCCCUAUCCUGGAUAAUAGAUUGGGCCUGGGAUUGUGUAGUGUUGAGUUGUCCAAGUGUAUCUGAAAUCCCCUUAUGACUUAGCUCUCUGGUAGGAAGUAAGGAGGAAUAUUUCAGAGGAUGCAGGAAAUUAUGCUGUAUGUCGUAUAAAACAGCAAAGCAUUGGCCUCAAUCAUUACCUUGCUUUCUCCAGGCUGUCCUUGGCUCUGAAGAUAUUAUUAAACUGAGUUUUCCAGAAGUUCCUGUACCACAGUUCUUGGAGAAAAUUAGCAGCUUGGAUCAAGUACUUUAUACAAAAACAGAAGACACAAACAUUCCUGAAUGUACAACGAAACAACUUUGGUAACUGUUUAAUAAUUGUUCUUGUAUCUAGUGCAAGGAUUUGGGAUGUACUGGUAUCUGGAAGGCAGAAAGGCUUCCGAAGUUGCUGGAAAAUGUGGUGAUGGUACAAGAAUAUACCAUAAAUUUAGAACUUUGGUAGCUUGGAAUAGUGAGAGUUCAUUUGAUAAAACAGGAUUCCUGUUGACUGCCUCAUUGCUUCCUAUUCCUACAUGUCUUAUUUUGGUUUUGGCAGUAACAGCUCCCCGCCCACUGUGUUGAUUCUCCCUAAUGCGUCUAGAGAGCAACUUCUGUGGGAUUCUUUCAAUUUUAAUGUUAGAAUAACUUACGUAUGUACCAUUUAUUGAAUCAAUAUAAUUUCAGCAUAAUCAUUUAUUUGCAAAAUAGACAAUAAUGCAUGCGAAGAUAGGCUCCAGUGGAUUGAGCAGACAAGACCAAUAGUCUUGUCCCCUCCACCCCAUUCACCACUUUCACCCUCCUUUCCUUGAAGUGUAGUAAUCUUAAAGUCUCCUAUACUUUGGCUAACUAUACUGAUCAUGGGACUAAAAUAAAUCAUCCAAAAGCUGACAAUCAGUAAGUGGAAUAGAAAUUCAAUUUACUGAAUUCAUCUGCAUGCAUUUUAGCUACAAAGUAGAAUGAGUAACGGUUCCUGUGCUACUGUAGCUGCUUAGAUUCCUGUGGUUCUAUAAUCAGUGGCUCAGCUGGACAGCUGAAUCAAUUGCCUUCAGUCAAAUCCUGAGAGUUGAGCAUUGGGGAUGGACUUGGAACUAUAUUGUGCCUUGACAUUUGCUUUAGAUUAUUUUAAGAUGUCUGGAGUGUCUCAUUUGGUAUUUGUUUGGUGGGUUUGCAGGUUGGAUGUUAUAGUUUCAUCUUUUUGGCAGACUGUUUUUUAAUUCAUGCUUUGCACUGACUUGAGCGUCAAAACUUCUAGAACUGCAGGAUAUAAUUUAAAAAAUAAAUAAAUCUGAGUUCAAAUUCCAGCUCGGUAGUGUACUCUGCUUUAGAGAGUCACUAAUACUCUUCGUUUUCCUGUCUGAAAGAUGAGCCCUUUGGGGCUUUUGGGACAGUUAGUGUUGAGAUUUGGCAAACACAUGCAUAUACAGUACUGUACUUGAUUCACGUCACUCUGAGGGAAGCAAUGCUUGAUAGCUGAAUGUGUAAACUGACUCCAUUGAAAGGAUAUGUUAAACUCAUUCACACAUGUAAGUCACCACUUGCUGCUUCAGUCAUAAUGAUUAAUUUAAAACAUGUAUGUGAAGCCGCCAAAAGGCAUAUAAUUAUCAAAAUGGCCUUGAACAGACUAUUCAGCAAAAUAUGUGAAAUCUGCUUUAGGUUAAAGAAUAUCUGCCUUUAUUGGAACAAAAUGCUACCACUUUAUAGAUGGAGUACAGGGCAAAGAACUGCCUGUGUCUAAGGCUUGCUAUGGUGAUUGGAAGAUUAGGAAUAUAUUAUUUAUUUAAGAUAUUUAUAUACUACUUAACUACCCAAGUGUCUAAGCAGUAUACAUAAAAAUCAUAUGCAUAUAUAUAAUCCUUCUGAUAGGGUGACAAAGGUUUAGCUUCUUCUCUUCAGCUGUACUUGAACUGCUUUUGAAUUGUAAGCAGAAAACGUGGUUUGCUAUGAGGUAUGUGUUUUGUUAUCUUGGAUUAAUCUGAAUUGCAUUUCCUUUUAAAGCACUGACUCUGGGAACUUAUGGAAAACUCUUACUCAAUCCACUAACCCUUCCAGUUUAAGACGUCCUUGGAACAAAUCUCAUUACCACGAAAACCUUCUAGCUGUGCUUGGAAUAGAUGCUCAUCAAAAGGUACUCUUCUGAAAUAUUUUCUAGAAUACCAUGGCAUUUUGUUUUUAAGAUUAACAGAUAUCAUGGUCUUAAGGUUACCAGAGAAAACAAAAAUAGCAUUUCCCAAACUUGGGAUUCUACAAAUUUUGGUUUUCCUUAUUUGCCAUAAUUUGUAUUUGUAACUGAUUCCCUCUCCUCCCUUCACAUGUACCAGUGGAUGGAGAAGUUAAGGUAUCUUGUCUCUCAGGGUCAGCCCACCCAUGAAGCAGGGUGAGGCCAUUGCUUCAGGGCAGCAAGGUCUGGAGAGCUGAGAGGGGCAGCAGAUUCACCCCCUGCUACCCACCCAGAUUUGGAUCAGGGUGCCACUCACCUAGCUCCCUCCCAUCCUGAGUAAAACAUUCAUUAAACAAAGUACAUCUAUGCCUUUAAGACCAGCUCCUUGUUUGCAACCAAUCAGAGAACCCCCAGCAACUUUCAGAAUCCCUGAUGAGCCUUUUGCAAUGGCUUCUUGAUAUUGUAGUCUCCUUAGGUAAGAGCUAGUAGGAGAACUAGUGAUAACCUAUGGAGCUAAGAACAGCUACUCACACAAUGCAGGGCAGCUAGCAGGACCCCAUUUACUUGCCUGGGUGACUUAGGUGGUGUUGGCCAUGGCUUGGAGAAACUGUGCAGGCUGGGGUGAUUUUCUAACAUUACCCGGGGAGUGAGGCAGUGGGGAGGGAAAGCCACCUGGCAAGUUCCCCCUCUUCUCCCCUUCCUGGGAGCCCUAUUGUGCGUUCCAAAAAGGACAGAGUGGAGGCAAUGUGCAAAAAUAGAUGUGAAUGAAAGAAGGCGAUCUGCAGAGAGGGGGAAGAGGGUGUGUACAUACAUACAGUGGUACCUCGGGUUAAGUACUUAAUUUGUUCUGGAGGUCUGUUCUUAACCUGAAACUGUUCUUAACCUGAAGCACCACUUUAGCUAAUGUGGCCUUCUGCUGCCGCUGCAUCGCCACUGCACGAUUUCUGUUCUCAUCCUGAAGCAAAGUUCUUAACCCGAGGUACUAUUUCUGGGUUAGCGGAGUCUGUAACCUGAAGCGUAUGUAAUGCGAGGUACCACUGUAUAUGUAUAUGGGGUCCUUAACAAAUGAUGAUUCACAGGGAGAUGCCAUUUCCUAAUUUGCCUCAGGUGCCUAAAUGUCUUGGGUGGCCCUGCUUUCUCUCUUUGGCAGAAGUAGCACAAAUCUUUCAUGCUGCUUCUGCUUUCUGCAGAGCCACUGCAAAGUGUAAGAUGAGCCCCACACUCCCACCCCAAGUUCUUUGCAUAAUUUGAGGGAGGGCGGAGUGGAUACCACUGGUAAUCUGGCGAGUAUAUUUGUGAAGCCAUGCUAUUAACUGUUGCUUGUUAUUGAGUUACUCUACUGAAAACAUUUGACUAGCUAUAGAGAUGAUAAAAAAUAUUACACAAUGAAUAUUAAGUAUGGUGUGGCAUAACUGGGCACUUUAAAUUGCACCUUGAUAUUUUAACUGAUAAUGUUAGAAAAUACCUUGACUAUGUACUGUAUGUCCAUGAUGGAGUGGUUAGCAGAACUUGUAUGCAAGGGUUCUGGUUGUGAGUCAGGUGUAGAGGUUUUUUGCUGAUUUAAAUGAGCACUGGUUCAGUCCAUAAGAAAGAUAUUGCCAUGCCAUGUUGGAAUAUCCACUUUUCAAAAUUAGAGAAAUAUGUUUAAAAACAAAAUUUUAAAAAGCAUUAUACCAUCUUAAGUAUACUUUAAUCUGUAUAAGAAGAACUUGGGUCACUUUUAAUUUACUUUAUUUCUCCUUUUCUGAGAUGCCAGCAGUACUUAUUUGGGCCUGCUCUCAGUUAAGCUGACACAAGGCCUGCAUUUUUUUGGGCUCUGAACUACAGGUAAUGAAUGACCCCUCAAAUAUCUGGCCUGCCUCUUUCCCCCAGCCUACUCCCUCCUCUCCCAACUUUUGCUUCUGCACGCUGCCCAUUAAGCAGUCCAGUUCUCCCCCCAGUUCCUUCUCUGGGCAUCUGACCCCAUCUUCCAUCCAUGCCCAUUCCACAAUUCUGGCCUCUCACCAUCGCUGACUGCCGUAGAUGAGUGACAUCAGAGGUGCUCUGAAUUUGUUGCUUACCCCUGCAUGUUUUAAGAACAACGGAAAAGAUUGUAUUUGUUGCUGUUAUGAAGUGUGAACUGUAAAUAUGAACUGCAAGGGUGGGCUUGGGGGGGCAGUAUGAAACCUUCUUUUUCAUUCAGAAUCUGUAUUAUUAGUAGUGACUCUAUUAUUAGGGGAGGCUUUACAUUUCUUCCAGAAAUCAUGGUGUUCCUAAGCAGUUUUGGCCCCUUGGUAAAUGAGGCCAGGAUCCAAAGGGCUAGAUGUGGUGGACUGUGUGUUUGCUUGGGCUUUGCAGGACUUUUUCUUCCCUUUAACAGUCCAUUGUGUCUUCCAUCUUCUGAGAUGCCCCCCUAGAGAUUUGGAGACUCUCCAAAGAAUGUACAAUGUGGAAUGGAGGCAACAGCUGGGAGUGGGGUGAGGAGUUGGUGAACCUCUCCAUGUCAAUGUACAAAAGCGCAUGAGGCUCUCUGGAUCCUGGCACAUUUGAAACAUUAAACAAAGAAAGUGUUAGGCAGCUUGGUUUCUAAAAUGAGGAAGAGUAAAUCCGUUUUUAGUGCAGGUUUUCACAUAUAAUUUGUAGAAAUUAGGCUCAAUCCCAGGUCCUUUCCAAGUGCUAUAUAUAAAAACCCCAGAAAACUUUUCAUUAGUGCAGCAUUUGCACUGGCUCAAACAGCAGGAACGUAAUGAUUCCAUUUCCCAAGCAUCAAAUGGAGAAGUGAGGAAUGCAAGCUAAAAUGUGUCCUGUGAGGGUUUGGCCAAGGAGAGAGUCGAAGAAGUGUCCUGCUGGAUCAGACCAAAGGUUCAUGUAGUCCAUAAUUUUGUUCUUGCAUUGGACAACCAGGUGCCUAUGGGAAGCACUCAAGCAGGAUCUGCUUGCAGUUCCCUUCAGCUACUAUACAGGAGCACACUGAAAGUGAUGGGGAAUACAGUCAUACCUUGGAGGUCGAACAGCUUAGUUCCUGGAAGUUUUGACUCCCAAAUGUCGCAAACCCGGAAGUGACUGUUCUAGUUUGCGAACUAUUUUUGGAAGCCGAACGUCUGAUGGGGCUUCCGCAUCUUCCCAUUGGCUGGAGGAACUUCCUGCAGCCAAUUGGAAGCCACGCUUUGGCUUCUGAAGGUUUUGGAAGUCAAAUGGACUUCCGGAAAGGAUUCCCUUCAACUUCUAAGCUAGUAGCCAUGACAAAUGUAUCCUCCAUGAAUUUUUUUAAUCCUUUUUAAAAGCCAUUCAAGUUGGUGACCAUCACUGCCUCUUGUGGGAGCGAAUUCCAGAGUUUAACUAUUCACUGUUUGAAAAAAAAUAUUUUGUCCUCCCUGAAUCUUCCAACAUUCAACUUCAUUGGGUUCUAGUGUCCCAGUCCACUCCCUAUCCACUUUCUCCACACAAUGUGUAAUCUGAAUAUGUGCCGCCACAUCUGAACAUGUCUCUCUGUACUGGCCUUCUUUCUAAACUAAGUAGCUCCAAAUGUAACCUGUCCACAUAGGUGAGUUGCUCUAUCCCUUUUAUCAUUUUGAUUGCCCUUUUCUUAACCUUUUCCAGCUUUACAGUAUUUUUUUUUUUUUGUCAAUCAGAAUUGUACACAGUAUUCCAAGUGCACAGUGGAUUUAUAUAACAUGGAAUUCACCUUCUUCACAGUGGAGGUUUUCCCAUAUCUUGAUGUUCUGUGUUUUCCCUGUCACCACAUUACAUCCUUGGCCGUUGCUAGCAAGAGAGUGAGGAUCUGCAGAAAGUGAUGGUGUUAUAACUUGGAUAAGGUCAUCUAAGCAGUAGUACAAUGUGGCAGUUAGAAGUUAAGACUCACUUGCUGUUUUGUUUUUGUUUUGCAGCAGUCUCUGCUGCAUCAGAUUACUUUGGGCUCCAGGUCUGGGGGCUUCCAGUUGCAUCUAUUUAGUUUCAGCUUGAUCCAAUAGAAAAGAUGGUGAUCUGUAAAGAAAAAGUUAACAUUUCUAAAUAGAUUUGCAGAAUCUGGAUUACCUGUAAGCAUCUCAUGUGAUUUCUGUUUACUAGGCUGUUCCAGAAGGCAAGAAUGAUAUUUUGGAGACUAGCAUUAGCGAAAAUGAAGAUUCCAAUGUUGACAAGUUCAACAUUAGCACUUGUAAAGCACUAAUUCAAACCAAGGUGAGAAUAGAAAAUAAUCCUAUUACUCUUAUUUGUUUGUAUAGUCUGUUUAGUGUACUGCAAAUAAGUAUCUGUAAUCUUCAAUGUUUCUCUUAAUCCUCCUUGCAAUUGGCACAAGUUCCAUGCAACCAGUCACCCGCCUGUUGGUGUUUUGCUUGUCUAUAUUAUGGUCCAAGAGAUUUCCUUAGUUCAGGACUACACAUAUUUCAGUUAGCCAAUUCAUAUUCCAUCCUUCUAAAGAGCCCUGGCUAGUGUAUGCAGGUUGCCCUUCGUAUCUUUGCAAAGCUGUAUAGGAUAGGUUGAGGUGAGUGACAUUUCCAAAGCUAUCUGGGGAACUUUAUAGACUUAAUGGUAAUUGGAAUCCACAUGUGCUCAUUCCAAGCACAACACAAUUCAUGCUGUGCCACACUGACUGUAGUUAUCCUUACUUGUUGGACCAACACAUACCAAAUUGCAGUGUGGUGAUGCACCAAACCUAGUAAAGUCUAGCAAAAUACCAGGUGGAAUAAAUAAGCAGAGCUGCAACUAGUAUGAUAGAGGUCAUUUUAAGAAACUUUCCAGCCCACUGUCAUCUUCCUAAAUAUCAUGUUCACUUACAGCUCAUGAUUAGUAAUAUAUCUUCCUGUGUCCAUAUACCGUGACUUUCUAAUGCAACCUGCUUAGCUUUGUCUCUCAACUCUGUCUGGUUUUGCAAAUUUCUGGGGAUGUUCCUAUAUACUAACAAAACUCAUUAUCAGUGUGUGUAGCCAAAAUGCCACCAACCAUGCACAAGAGGGGAGGUGUUAGUAAGCUCCAAGGAACAAUUUUUGAGACGGGAACAGCCCAAUGAGGACUGAGCAUUUUGAUUGGCCCUGGGAUGCUGACUCACCAUUGGAAGCGGGGAGGGAUGAAAUGGCGUAUCCUGCAAGAAGGCAUGGCUGGCUAGAACCCUGAAUCAGAGCAUGCCAUGCUGCAUUAUCUUGUUACUUGCUUUAAUCUAGGUGCAAUGCACAGUUAUCAUGUUGUCUUAGGAGUCAGAUGGUCUGAGCUUCAGAUCAUUCGGUUUUAAGUAAUCAAAUAGCAGAAGACAGGGGUAGUUGUACAAGUGCAGCCUGACAAGAUCUGUGAACUUGGCUAGGCAAUUUGAGCUACCCUUUGCCGGAACUACAAUGUUGUGGUUUGCUGGCCUCAGAAAUGGUCCUUUGCCAACUAAGGAGGACCAAUUGCUAAUUUAAAAGGCAUUGACAAACACCUUGGAAAAAGGGAAAGAACUGUCAGAUACCAACAGUAUAUAGUGAAACAGCAUGAAGGGGACAGGUGCCAUAAAAGCUAUGGAUUGAGUAAUUGUGCCAAACCAGUCUUUCAAGUAGCUGGUGAUUCAGAGGUUUGGGUUGUACAUUACUGGAAAAAGAUGUCACAAAGGUAGCAGUGUCAGGGCUCUUUAUGACAUGAGAUUGAAGGAACAUUGGUUGACAUGAAGGAAGGCAAAAUGGCAUUAAAGAACAAAUGUAAGGCAAAGAUACUGUAAAAAACUCCAUUCUAGUUAUAUUUUGUGGAGGAGUUCUUCCUUUUCUUUUUCUUGAAUGGUGGGUCUUGUAGCCUAUUUUUCUGGUGUGUAGAUGCUGCUUGGAGGAAAUCUCCUCAAAACGUUCCCUGUUCCAAGUCAUAUGAAACCAAUACAUGGGGCAGUGUCCACACUCCUUCGGGUAGUGAUAAAGCGGGAUAUCAAAUCCAAACUCUUCUUCUACUCUUCUUCCACACCAUCCUACAAAUAUUAAUAUUCUGCACCCUGAAACUCUAAAUUCUAUGAUCGGUACAAUUAUUCUAUGUAUUCCUCCUUGUUGUUUUUGCUAGGCAUAGGAAGACCUGCAAGGCACUGAGAAAUCAAACAUUCCACAAAUCUUGUUUACUUGUCCCUAGGCCCUGUCUAUACACUUAGAAGCGUCUUCAUGCCCAUAUGGAUUAGAAGCUUUUAAAAUUUAAAAAAAUGGGGGGAAAGAAAGCUUAAAUCUUCAGGGGGAUGAAUUCUGCACCCAGUACCAUAUUUUGUGAGUUCUCAGCACUCCCAUGAAAUUAUGGCAAGCCCAUAGUCCAUAACCAGGUCUCAACUAUUUUGCUGCCAGCCUCCCUUAGAACAUGGAAGUGGCAGAGACAAGGAUCAUCCCAGCAGUAGUGCAGUAGUCCCUACCACACUCCUAGCUCUGAAGUUGGGAAGAAAGUUGUGGUUUGUUUCUAAGUUGCCAGGAGAGUGUUGGCCACACAGGGCCAAGCCACCAAAAAUAUAAAACAAACGCUUGCCAACCCUUCCUGCUCUGGGACAGAAAAGGUGAGGAAGACUGGCCACCACUCCUGGAAGGUGCAGAAACACACACCUUAGAACAGCCACUCUUUCUGUUGGUGCUUCUUCAUGAAAGGAUUUGGGUGUUGCAUGUCAUUGCUGUAAGGUGUUCAGAGCAUCUUCUGCAGUGGCACCUAACCUUGUACACUGCCCACUGGCCCUUCCCUUGCAAAAGGGCAGAGCAAGAUUAUUGGGCACCACUCUGCAAAGGCUCCACCCAAAUUUGUAUGCUUGCAGGAGUGAUAUGCUUGUCAGGAGAGAUGAGAACCAUGCUGUUUGGCUUCACCAGCCAGAAAUUGUGGUCCCCUGCCUCCAACCACAAGGCAAAAACAGUGGGGAGAUGAGAAAGGUGUCACUUGGGAAAUGUUUCAGAUUCCAAAUCUGUAGCUCCUAUCCUUCUACAGUUCUGAAGAAUCCAGUCUGCUGAAUGUUUGUGUGUGCACUGCUAGUAUUUUCCCUUUCCUUUGUCUAAGAGAUGUUGCUUAUGGACUAUGAAGCUGGCUUGCUUAACAUUUGUGUCCCGUUUUCUGGGAAAUUUUAGGAUACCACUAUUGCUAGCCAGCUGCUUCUUGUAUUCUUGAGACUGCCAUUGUAGAAAUUGUGAAAGACAAAAUAAGCGAAAUGCCAUCUGCUUGAUAUACAUAAGCCUGAAUUAGCUGCAAAACCUUGCCAUACACCUUUGGCCAACCCCCGUUUGCACCCCCAUGUCAUGUGUGAAUGGCCCUCACAUUACUUUUUUCCUUUGUUUUUUUGCACAGCUUUCUGUAUCUCCUGCUCCAAAACAGAGCCAUCUCUUUUCCUAUAACCUUUUCUUGAAGAAGACCCCAUCUGGUGGAAAUAUGCAAUAUAUCACAGUUCCACAGAAGAAGAGGAUUUUUACUACACGAAGCCUAAAGAUGAAAAUGUUCAGCAGCAAUGUUUGCUAAUAACCAACAUAUUUCUGUUGUUUUGAUCAUUUUUUUAAAAAAAAGCUUAUAUUGUAUUAUUAAUUUAAAAUGAAGAGCUUCAGGAGGAAGAAAAUAAAACCUUAAGCUGUGUAUUUAAUUUCAGUCUACCAUCAGGGAUGUGAGUAAACGAACUGGGUUGGUCCCUUCCAACUCUACAAUUCUAUGAUUUUAUGUCCCUUUGCCAGGAACUGCAGGCAAAUCAUGUUACAUCUUAUGGUAAACUAGCUAGAAUUGAGCUUUUAUAAACAAAGGAUGGGUUGUGCUCUGCUAACUCAAUCCUGCCAUUAUCUUUUAAGCAUUAAUGGCAUUUGUCAAACUUUUUUAACUAUGCCCCCAAAUUAAAAUGUGUGUUGUUUGUGUGCCUUUUAACCUUUGUUUCUCCAGCUCGCUAUUUCUGUGGUUAACUCAAGACUGUACAGGUUGUCCUAACUUCUCUCUUAUUUAUCCCUACUUGCAGUCCUGUGCCUCCAGUAGUAUAACUGGUUUAUGAAUUGCCUUUUGGGGGAGAUGGGCAAACUUGAGUAUCAGCCACACUUCUCUAUAUUGCUUGGUUUGCAUCUGAACCAUCCUGUUGUGCAACUCAUCAGAAGACUGUUGAACAACUGUCCUUCCCUCUUGACCCUUCUCCUUUAGGAUUAGAGAUAAAUACAUCCUUGAACAUCUAUGCCAAGACAGGAUACUUCUGCAUGAUACGAAUGAACCAAAAUGGUUGAGUCCUGAAUAUAUUUGUUGAAUGGGCCUCUAAUAAUAGCACUGCACCAAUAACCUUUAAGGGCCUUUCAACUCCUUAAAUGUUAUGGCCUCUGCUAGAAUUCUGCAAUGUAUCUUAAAAGGAGCAUACACUAAAGCAGUGACUUUCAGGCUUUGAUUAGUCAUUCCCAACACAGUCUGGUUGGGAGUGUUUCAGAGACUGCACUCACUCCAUGUGAGUUGCAUAGUUGCCCUUUUUUGAGCUGAACAACUCAGAGCAUAUUUGGUGUGGAAUUCAAUUAUUACACAGGUGGAACUUCCAUCACCUUCCUAUACUCCCACCUGUAUUCCCCAUACACCCCCAAAAUUUGCUCUGGGGGGGCACCUCUCCAGAGCAGAUGUUAAGGAGAAGAUAGAGAUAGGACCCUGCUAUGGGAGCGGAAAUCGUUUUGUGUGCACAUCAAUAGCAUGAUUGCAUACAACCCUCAAAGUCUCCUUCAGUUGCACAUUGCAGAAGUAGUGUGACUUUAAUGUCAAAGGGAAAAGUUUGUAUUUUGGUUUGGUAUACACUGGUACCUUGGGUUAAGAACUUAAUUUAUUCUGGAGGUCCACUCUUAACCUGAAACUGUUCUUAACCUGAAGCACCACUUUAGCUAAUGGGGCCACCAUGCUGCCAGCGCACAAUUUGCGUUCUCAUCCUGAGGUAAAGUUCUCAACCUGAGGUAUUGCCGGGUUAGCGGAGUUUGUAACCUGAAGAGUCUGUAAUCCGAGGUACCACUUUACCUCUCUGAGAAACCCCCAAUGGUUUGAACAGUGUUGCACUAGAACAAAGGAGUCCAGGAACUAGGAAGUACUUCUCAAACUUCAAGAAACAGCCCUCUUUUAACCUAAAUUAGAUAUUUUAUGCCCCCAUCUUGAUAUUACUUGUAACAUUCCCCUCACUUAGCUACACUGUGUCACUCUAUGCUUUAUAAUUUACAUCCUAGCAGCAUCAGUCCCACAUUAGGUCAAGAGUAACUUCUUCCAGCACUGCCACUUUGGGAAGCAUUGCACUUGAGAGUCUGUCUCUGACUAAAAGGCAGGGUGGGGAGCAGAGAGAGCGAGAGCAAUUGCUCACCUUGCUUCUGUCCCAUGCAAUUAUGAUACACUUUUAACAUUCUGUCACGGAAAGAGAAAGUUUACUUCCUUCUAUUUUAUACUGAGCGUAUUUUAAAUUCUGAAACUGUUUUACAACCAUGAAAUGUUAGAAGGCCUUAUUGUCAUAUCCACUGACAUUAAUUAUGGGUGCUGGUCCUGAAUUUUCUCUUGAAGGGUCAGGGCAAGUGAUGACGGGUAAGGCUCUUUCCCAGCACUGCAGUCAAUGCCGGUAUGAACAAAGCAUAAUCUACAUGUAAGUGUAGCUUAUAGAACAUUUUAUAGGUUGUGUUCUCAGUUCUGGAAUAAAACUCAGUGGGCACUAUUGUCAGUUUAGGAGAAACUUUUUUGUGUAUGUGUCCUUAUUACUUUAAUAGCAAUAGGUCAAAUUCAGUGUCCAGUUGCCUUUGUUUAAAGCUGCUUAACUAACAAUGAGUGGAGCAGAACAUGUGCACCCAGUUAGCAUGGCAUGAGGGCCCGUAACAUGACAAAGCUUAAAGUUGGAAAAAUUACGCCUCUUACAGGCCAGUUGAUAAAGAACAAAUCUGCACUGAUACGUUUUGUAACUCUGCCUUUAAUAAACUAUUCACAAUAUAGAGGUUCUGCUGUUAAAUGUUUUCUUCUAACGCUGCCCUACAAGCUAUUCACUCAGAUGUUUGGGUGGAAUUUAAAGUACUUCAGAAACUGCCUUAUACAAUGUUAGACAUACCUAACUAGCUUUCCCUGUCUAUACAAGUUUGUUAGCGGCUCUCAAGAGACCCCAGAGCCUUUCCCAUCACCUGCUAUGUGAACCUGGAACUGACUGACCUGCGACUCUAUUAUGCAAUAAUAAACGGCCCCAUUCCAAUUGUC